GCCACCCCUCCCCAUUCUCCUUCAUCCUUCUAUAAGCCCUUUUUAUGCAAGCGUCCCGGGCCCCGCAUUCUCAAUAGCAGCAAACACUAGGGUCUCCACAUGCUAUUUUGAUCGCGGCGCGUCAGGUUUUCAUUACAUUCGGGCGUCCUACUGAUGCUUGGCUGCAUUUGAAUAAAGAACCCUUCAAGUAUCUGUAGUCACCCCCAGCCAUGAGGUUACUGGGGCUCCUGUUCUUCCUCCUGUGCCUCCCUGUCCUGCCCAGCACUGAGGCCAAACGCCAGAGUUCCGACGACAAGACGUCGCAGCCCCCACCACCACCAGCGGCAGGCAAGAAGCCCAAGAACUCUGUCCCCAGCUCAGGAGGGUUCAGCACAAAGGUUGGCCACAACUGUACCUGGGAUACGUCUGGGGAGGGCGUGGUGAACUUGCUGGUCAGCUGUAGCUCUGGUGAGCAGACCUACUGGUGCCGCUACGCUGGACAGCCAGACCUGUGCCAAGCCUACAGUGACAGGAAAGCACAGGUCAGGCAUUGGAAACAAAUGGUGGGCAAGCUGAAGAAGAGGAGGAAUGCGUGCGACGGGGAGAAGGUGCUGAAGACCCGCACCUGCAAGGCCCCCAUGGAGUCCCACAUGAAGCUCAAAGAGAAGGGCAAAGGCGGAGGAAAGAAGGAUCCAGUGCCCCUGGUUCCUGAAAUGGUAGAGAAGGAGGAGAAGAAGGAGGAUAGGAUCCCGUUGUUAGAGGAGAGGGAUGGGGAUAGGGAGGUGAACGACAUGGAGCAAGUGGAGAAUUACUGUGCCGAGGGAUGGCAUUCUGUCUGCUCUUUCUUUGUAAGGUUUUUUGAAGGUUGAAGUCUCUGUAAGGUUUUUCUAAGGUUAAAAAAAUGACAAAGCUGAUGAACUCACUUCUGCAUCCGGGCUUACUUCUUUGCUAGGUAAACAAAAAUGGUUUUGUAUAACGCGAUAUAGAGCCUAAAAAUAGGCUGCAGAUAUUUUUAUUUUAUUAUGAAACUAAUCUUAUUUUCUACAGACAGAGAUUUUUGUGUGUUUAUUUUGUUAUGAAACUAAUCUUAUUUUCUACAGACAGAGAUUUUUGUGUGUUUAUUUUAUUAUGAAACUAAUCUUGUUUUCUACAGACAAUAUUUUAAAUUGUUCAUUUGUAAUCACUAGACUUAGAUCAGAUUUAUAUUUUGAACUUUAACACAGCAUACAAACUUCUACCUGUGAAUAAACAUACCGUACUAUAU